AUAAAAUUGGAAGUGUGAGUGAGCGAGUUUUGGCGCUUAUAGCAAAAGCUUCCAGCAAAUCCGGCGGCAGCACAAACAGGGUGGUUGUGCAGUGGCGAUGGGAGAAGAAGAGGUGCUUCAAUCGGAAUCCGAUGUAGCAAACACCAACACCAAAGAAGAGUACUCCUUCCCCGCGCUUCGUUUCGAUGUCUCUCCUCACAGAACCUACCAUUUCCACCGUCAGUUCAUCACUCCCUCCAACCCUAACAAUUUCCACAAGGCCGUUAAAUGGUCACCUGACGGUUCCUGCUUCCUCACCUCUUCCGACGACAACACUCUCCGCCUCUUCGCGCCACCGGGAACUGAAAGCGACGCUUCCGUUGCUGCUUCUGACGACGAUUCCUUUGCUGCAAACGUAGUCAUGCAUGAAGGAGAGUCUAUACACGAUUUCUGUUGGUAUCCUUACAUGUCUUCCUCUGAUCUAGUGACCAAUGUUUUUGCGACUACUACUCGAGACCAUCCGAUUCAUUUAUGGGAUGCUACCUCGGGCCAGUUACGUUGCACAUAUCGGGCAUAUGAUGCAAUGGAUGAAAUUACAGCUGCUUUUUCUAUUGCUUUUAAUCCAGCAGGGACUAAGAUAUUUGCUGGAUACAACAAAUGUAUUAGGAUAUUUGAUUUACAUCGACCGGGUAGGGAUUUUGAAUUGUAUUCAACAGUAAAAGAUAAAAAAGAAGGCCAAACAGGUAUUAUAUCUGCAAUGGCUUUUUCUCCAUUUCAUUCUGGGAUGCUAGCUUUGGGUUCUUACAAUCAAACUGCUGCUAUUUAUAGGGAGGACAACAUGGAACUCUUGUACCUUUUGCAUGGUCAAGAAGGUGGAAUUACCCAUGUCCAGUUUUCCAAAGAUGGAAAUUAUUUGUACACUGGAGGUCGGAAGGACCCUUAUAUACUCUGCUGGGAUGUGCGCAAGUCUGUCGAUUGUGUUUACAAGUUAUACAGAUCAUCAGAAAACACCAAUCAGCGGAUACUGUUCGAUAUUGACCCUUCUGGACAGCAUCUUGGUACAGGGGGCCAGGAUGGUUUAGUACACAUAUAUAAUCUUCAAACUGGGCAGUGGGUGUCAAGUUUCGAGGCUGCUUUAGACACAGUUAGUGGUUUCUCAUUCCAUCCAUUUCUACCCCAUGCUGUGUCAUCCUCGGGCCAUCGAAGAUUCGUAAUUCCAGAGGACGGCAAUGAAGAAUUGCGCUUGAGUGGUCGUGAAAAUUGCGUCUCAGUAUGGACUUUCUGUUAUGAUUCAAUGGAGAUUGACAAGGAAAGCAAUGACAGUUUCAACAAUCAGUCUGGAAGUGGUUACUUGGACUGAAAUUCGUUAAUUCAACACUAGUGUGUGUUGUAGGCUUGUUGCCAAUGAUCAUAAUGGUUCACCGUUUAACUGUUCCUUGUUUGACCAAAACAGAGUGAAGUUUUGCAUGUCUUAUACGUGUAAAAUUGUAAAUUUCUAGUUGUAGCAAGGAUUUGGGCUUGUUUGGUUGUUCUUUAGUUGGUGAGAUAUUUGCUACUGUCUUUUACUUGCUAUUGAAGUUUCAGCCG